GUGUGUGUGUUUGUUUCCAGGUGGUUGCUCGUUCGAUGACGGUCCCGCGCAGUGUGAUUACCAACAGGAUCCGUACGACGAUUUUGAUUGGACACAUGUCAGCGCUCAGGAAGUUCCCUAUCUGUCCCCUGAACUGCCUCAAGGCUCGUACAUGAUGGUGGACUCGUCCCAGCAUGACCCGGGGGAGAGAGCACGUCUUCAGCUCCCUGUGAUGAAGGAGAACGACACGCACUGCAUCGACUUUAACUACCUGCUGUACGCCACCGAUGGGUCCAGUCCCGGAACGCUGAACGUGCUGGUCAAGGUGAAUAAAGGGCCGGUGGCCAAUCCCAUCUGGAACAUCAGCACACACACCGGGAACACGUGGAGGAAGGCGGAGCUCGCAGUCAGCACCUUCUGGCCCAACGAGUACCAGGUAAUCUUCGAGGCCGAGGUCGCUAACGGAAGACGAGGUUUCAUUGCGAUUGAUGACGUGCAGGUGCUGAGUUACCCAUGUGAUAAAUCACCUCAUUUCCUGCGUCUGGGUGACGUGGAGGUAAACGCAGGACAGAACGCCACCUUCCAGUGUAUCGCCACCGUACGGGACGCCGUUAAUAACAAACUCUGGCUACAGAGGCGUAACGGAGAGGACAUCCCGGUGGCGGAGAAGAAGAACAUUAAUCACAGGAAGUUUGCGGCGUCGUUCCGGCUGAGCGAGGUGACGAGUCAGGAUCAGGACCUGUACCGCUGCGUCACCCAAUCAGAGCGCGGCUCCGGAGUCAGCAACUUCGCCGGCCUCAUCGUCAGAGAGCCGCCCAGGCCCAUAGCUCCGCCCCAGCUGCUGGGCGUCGGCCCGACGUACCUGCUGAUCCAGCUGAACGCUAACUCCAUCUUCGGCGACGGUCCCAUCAUCCUGAAGGAGGUGGAGUACCGCAUGACGGCGGGAUCGUGGACCGAGACGCACGCCGUCAACUCGCCGCACUACAAACUGUGGCACCUCGACCCCGACACCGAGUACGAGAUCCGCGUCCUGCUGACACGCCCUGGAGAGGGCGGGACCGGAAAACCCGGCCCCGCCCUUAUCACUCGCACCAAGUGCGCAGAGCCCAUGCGCACUCCGAAGUCUCUGAAGAUUGCAGAGACCGGAUCUCGCUCCAUCUCCGUGGACUGGGAGUCUCUGGGCUACAACAUCACACGCUGCCACACCUUCAACGUCACCAUUUGCUUCCACUACGUCACCCGGGGCAACCGCAGCCAUGGCGACCGCACGCAGCAGGGCGACCGCAACCACGGUGACUGCCUGGAGAUGGACCCGAAAGCACCACGCCAUGUGGUACCUGACCUGCCACCCAACACCAACAUCAGCCUGAAAAUGAUCCUCACUAACCCCGAAGGGCGCAAAGAAAGUGAAGAGACGAUCGUCCAGACGCAGGAGGAUGUACCUGGACCGGUUCCCAGUGCCUCUCUGAAAGCUACUCCGUUUGAGGAUCGAAUCUUCCUGCAGUGGAAGGAGCCACUUGAGCCCAACGGAGUCAUUACACAGUAUGAGAUCAGCUACAGCAGUGUGUCCUCGUUUGACCCGUCCGUCCCAUUGCUCCGCCCCCCGCUGAUGGUGUCCUUGCCGUUUAACGCGUCUAAUCACGUGUUCUCUCAGCUCCACCCAGGAACCACCUACCACUUCACCAUCCGAGCACGAACCAGCAAGGGCUUCGGCCCAGCCACCACCAUCAACAUCACCACCAACAUCUCCGCUCCGAUUCUGGAGGAGUACGACGGCACCGAGGCGUUCCUCAACGACACCGCCACCACCAUCACAGUGCUGCUCAAACCCGCACAGGCUAAAGGAGCUCCCAUCAGUGCUUACCAGAUCGUGGUGGAGGAGCUGAACCCUCACCGGUCACGCAGAGACGCCGGAACCCUCGAGUGUUUCCAGGUCCCCGUGUCCUACCAGACGGCCUCCGGCUCCGGAUCUCCGUACUACUUUGCGGCGGAACUUCCGCCCGGGAAUCUUCCGGAACCUUCUCCUUUCACUGUGGGAGACAACAAGACGUACCGGGGCUACUGGAACGCUCCGCUCGCUCCACGCAAAAACUACAACAUCUACUUCCAGGCUGUGAGCAGUGUGGAGAAGGAAACGAAGACUCAGUGCCUGAGAUUGGCAACUAAAGGAGCUACAGAGGAGCCGGAAGUGAUUCCCGAUCCGGCUAAACAGACGGACCGCGUGGUGAAAAUCGCCGGGAUUAGCGCCGGAGUGCUGGUGUUCAUCCUGCUGCUGCUUGUGGCCAUUUUACUGGUGAAGAAAAGGAGGACCUACUAUUCUUACUCAUAUUACCUGAAACUGGCUAAGAAGCGCAAGGACGCAGCUGGAAGUGCAAGGCAGGAGAUGACGCACAUGGUGAACGCCAUGGACCGGAGUUACGCCGAGCAGAACACGCUCCACACUGAGGAACCCGUGACCGUCACCUUCAUGGACUCGCACAGCUUCAACAACCGAUAUGAGAACCAUGCAGCAGCAGAGAACAGCAGGUUGUUGGACGUUCCUCGAUUCCACUGUGAAGGAACCGAAUCUCCGUAUCAGACAGGACAACUUCACCCGGCAAUCCGAGUGGCAGAUUUACUGCAGCACAUAAACCUGAUGAAGACGUCCGACAGUUACGGCUUUAAAGAGGAGUACGAGAGUUUCUUUGAGGGUCAGUCGGCUUCAUGGGACGUGGCCAAGAAAGAGCAGAACCGUACAAAAAAUCGCUAUGGCAACAUCAUCGCAUACGAUCAUUCUCGAGUGAUCCUGCAGCCGGUGGAAGACGACCCCUCGUCUGACUACAUCAACGCCAACUACAUAGACGGCUACCAGCGUCCGAGUCACUACAUCGCAACUCAAGGUCCUGUCCACGAGACGGUGUACGAUUUCUGGAGGAUGAUCUGGCAGGAGCAGUCAGCGUGUAUCGUCAUGGUAACCAACCUGGUGGAGGUGGGACGGGUGAAAUGUUAUAAGUACUGGCCGGACGAUGCGGAAGUGUACGGAGACUUUAAGGUGACGUUUGUGGAGGUGGAGCCGCUGGCGGAGUACGUAGUGCGCACUUUCACUCUGGAACGGAGGGGUUUUAACGAAGUACGCGAGGUGAAGCAGUUCCACUUCACUGGCUGGCCGGAUCACGGAGUUCCGUAUCACGCUACGGGACUGCUGUCCUUCAUCCGCCGCAUCAAAAUGUCCAACCCUCCGACUGCAGGACCCAUCGUAGUGCACUGCAGUGCGGGGGCGGGCCGGACAGGAUGUUACAUUGUGAUUGACAUCAUGUUGGACAUGGCGGAGCGCGAGGGCGUGGUGGACAUUUACAACUGUGUUAAAGCGCUCCGGUCACGACGCAUCAAUAUGGUGCAGACCGAGGAGCAGUACAUCUUCAUCCAUGACGCCAUCUUGGAGGCGUGUCUGUGUGGAGACACCGCAAUCCCGGUGUGCGAGUUUAAAGCUGCGUAUUACGACAUGAUCCGCAUCGACUCACAGAGUAACUCCUCCCACCUGAAAGACGAGUUCCAGACGCUGAACUCAGUGACCCCUCAGCCCCAGCCUGAGGACUGCAGCAUCGCUCUCCUUCCGCGGAACCACGAGAAGAACCGCUUCAUGUCCAACCUGCCGCCUGACCGCUGUCUGCCCUUCCUCAUCACCAUCGACGGAGAGAGCAGCAACUACAUCAACGCUGCACUCAUGGACAGCUACAGGCAACCUGCGGCGUUCAUCGUCACUCAGCACCCUCUCCCCAACACGAUAAAGGAUUUCUGGAGGUUGGUGUAUGAUUACGGAUGCACCUCCAUCGUCAUGCUGAACGAGAUCGACCUCGCUCAGGGCUGUCCUCAGUACUGGCCUGAAGAGGGAAUGCUGCGUUACGGCCCUGUGCAGGUGGAGAGAGUUUCCUGCUCCAUGGACUGUGAUGUCAUCAGCCGCCUCUUCAGGAUAUGUAACCUGACCCGACCACAGGAGGGCUACCUUAUGGUCCGUCAUUUCCAGUACCUGGGGUGGGCGGGGCUUAGAGAAGUCCCUGCCUCCAAGCGCUCGUUCCUGAAGCUGAUCCUGCAGGUGGACAAAUGGCAGGAGGAGUGUGAGGAGGGAGAGGGGCGCACGGUCGUACACUGCCUGAAUGGCGGGGGUCGCAGCGGUGUUUUCUCGGCCAUCACUAUUGUGUGUGAGAUGAUCAAGAGGCAGAAUGUUGUGGACGUGUUUCACGCUGUGAAGAGUCUGAGGAACAGUAAACCCAACAUGGUGGACACACCGGAGCAGUACCGGUUCUGUUACGACGUAGCGCUGGAGUACAUCGAAAACUCAUAAUGGAGACGUGAAGAAGGAGCCAUCUGUCCAUCCAGAACAAAUUUCUCGCACACUCGUCUUUCCCGUCAUCAUAAGUGUGUCGUUCCUGCUCGUCUGACGUGUAAAAGUUGGGAAGUCUGCGGAUGGAAAUGAUAAAUAUCGAUAAAUGUGGUACAUACUGUUCAGCAAACAGUGUUAUCUAGCUCGCUUUCUAAAAAGUGUGGGACGUGACGGAACUAUUCACACUUUUAUUUUUUAUUUUACAUUUUUAAACUUUUUUUUUGGUAAACACAAAGGCCAAUCUGUUGCAUGCAAAACUUUUUUUUUGUUUAAUUUCUCUCCAUUGUUCUCACUGUUACUGUCGAUGAACCAUGUAUAUGAUUAUAUCUGAUGUAUACGUAUAUGAUAUCCAUCGUUGUGUUAAAAAAAAAAAAAGGAGUAAAAUCUCAAAUGCAGCGUGUGACAUUGGCUUUGUAUUGUGCACUAAUGGCUGGCUUAUGGAUUAUUAUUGUCUUUAUUUUUAUCGUUUUCGGUUUUUGUAGCAGAAUUAUAAUCGUAAGCCAAAGACGAGUGUAAAUAUGUCUAUAAAGCACAUUCUUUGUAUUUAUUUUUUUCCCCCUGAAGGCUCAAAACAAUCGUCAUUCCUGCCUGUUUACCCUGUAAACAUUUUAUUGUGAAUUUUUUUCUAUCAUCAUCAUUAUUAUUUCACUAGUGUUAUUUAGACUGUAGGCAUGUGAUGAUAAAUCUGCUGAGUGAUAUUCUGCGGUAGUAAUUGCUUAUUAAAAUGCUGUUUACAUCCAUUUAUAAGGUAAAUUACUGGCAUUUUUAUGCUUUAUUUUGGAUUCAAUCUAAUUAGAUUUUGCUGCUUGGCCCAAAUAUAUAUUUUUAAAAAUGGAUAAAUUCCAUAAAAAUAGUUUAUUUGAUAAUGUUUCAAAUUCUGCGAGCCCUAUUUUUUUUUUUUUAUUUAAGAUUGUGCAACUAUACUUAAAGCUUUUAAAAAAAUUAACUUUGACAAAAUGAAAAUCUCUUAUCAGGGAAAGGUAAUUAUCCCAUAAUUCCUUGUGGUUUAGUAAUAAAACUGUAAGUAAUUUAUCCUCACAUGCCUAAUGUUACAGUUAAUUUUGUAAAAAAAAAAAAAAAAUUUUUUUAUCAUUUGUUUCUUUACCUUUUCAAAUUUUUACCUGCAUUUUUGUGUACACAUGAUUGUGAACUGUAUCUUUUACUGAAGCGAUAUCGAGGAGAAGAACUUUAUUUUACAGACCUUUGCGGAGAACUCGAUUGCUAACGUAUGAGUGUUUUACACUAAAUAUCCACAGUGUUUAACGCCAGUGUGUGUAAAGGAAGGAAAUCUCAGCCAGACGCCACCAUGUUGGACUUUUACGUGGCCAGGGAGAAUUAAAAGGAAGAAAAAAAACGAUCAAUCGCGUCAUCUCGUCACGCAUCAUCUUUGUUCUGUCUGUAGUUGUUGGCUUAAUGGCUGUAAUGAAACUAGUGAAAAUCCUUUUAAUAAUAAAAUGAGAUAAUGUGCAAA